GAACGUUUUAAUAACUGUUGGCACACAGAGAGUUAAUACUUUGACACAGCAGCAAUUCCACAAUAUGGGGGAGUAACCCAGCCCAGGCAGCAGUAGUAACAUCAGAGCACAUUCCUAGGCAAUUCUUAGUUGCCAAAAUCUGAUUAGAACCAUAUCUGCGAGGUAGAGGUUGCCUUAAUCUGCACACAGACGGGAUCCAACCAUACACUCAUCUCGACCCCGUACUGUCAUUUCAUCAGCCAGCUGAGAGGGAAAGAGCAAAAGGAACAUGUAGAAUCAAGCAAAGAGACUACUGCUGUCGCUCAACCUUUGAACACAUUCCUACCCUUUGCGCUGAAGACUACCUCUUUCCCUCAGUCACUACAGAACUGGAGCAGCUGGAAGAAGCCUUGGUGGCUGCAUUGAGUAUGUGUCACUGCUGAGAGUCACUGCUUUGAACCUAACUGUGUAGAAGGUGCUUUCCAUUUAUACAUUUCUCCUGAGUUUGUGAGGCUGGCCUCCAAUCAUGUCAACAGAGGUAGAGACAAACAUCACCAACCAGGCUGAUGUGGCCCCUGUGAAGACUCCGUCAAAGAAAGAAAAAAAGAAAGGUCCAGAGAAGACAGAUGAGUUCUUGCUGGCUCGAUUCAAAGGUGACGGAGUCAGAUAUAAGGCCAAGCUGAUCGGUGUGGAUGAUGUCCCUGAAGCAAGAGGUGAUAAAAUGAGCCAGGAUUCCAUGAUGAAGCUAAAGGGCAUGGCUAUUGCUGCUCGUUCCCAGGGUCAACACAAACAGAAAAUCUGGAUGAACAUUUCCUUGUCUGGUAUUAAAAUCACUGAUGAGAAAACAGGGGUCAUAGAGCAUGAACAGCCGGUCAAUAAGAUUUCCUUUAUUGCUCGUGAUGUUACAGACAACCGAGCGUUUGGUUACGUUUGUGGUGCAGAGGGACAGCAUCAGUUCUUUGCUAUAAAGACAGCUCAGCAGGCAGAGCCUCUGGUUGUUGAUCUUAAAGAUCUUUUUCAGUUAAUCUUCAAUUUGAAGAAAAAAGAAGGGGAGAGUCAGAAAAAGGAUGAAGCAGACAACAAGCUGUUGGAGAAUGGUGAGGAUGCCUUGCUGACUAUUGAAAACCAGGUUAAUAAAAUGAAAGGUGUUGAACAGCUGGAUCUGUUUGGAGACAUGUCCACACCUCCUGAUCUGCACUCCCCUUCUGAAAGUAAAGAUAUCCUAUUGCUGGAUCUAUCUACUGAAAUUGACAACAAUCAGAACUGUGUAAAAGGAAAUCCCUUCUUAGAGAAUUGCAUCACUUCCUGUUCCUCUGUCCCUCGGCAGAGGCCGCAAACAAGUGUAUCACCUGACAAUCCCUUUUCUUCCCAACUGAGUUUUUUUCCUGCACCAAUUCCUGACCCUUUUAGUGACGAUCCUUUCUCCAAAAAUAACCAAUCAGCACACUCGAACUCAGCAAUUUCUUAUAACUCUUCUAAUCAGAACAAAGAAAAUUCAGAUCAUAUUCUUAGUGGCCCAAAGUUAAACGGUGCUUUGAACGGUGACACUGAUUUCUUUGGUCAGCAGUUUGAUCAGAUAUCAAACAGAACUGUCACACAGUCAUUAAGUAAUGGCCAGUGGCCCGUGGAAAAUAAGAUUGCAGAGGUAGCAACAUGGACUCAAAAUGGGAUCCUGGAAAAGGAGCAGAAUGGUCUGCCAAACAAAGCCGUGCAAAACUCAUUUGUGCAAAGAUCUGGCAAAAUCCCACCGCUACAAAAUGGUGUGAAACAAGACUCUCGGAUGAAGCCGGAUCCUUCAAAGUCUCCUCCAUGCGAUUCUGUGAUAAUUAGCCCUCCACCACAAAGCACAAAGCCCGGACGAAGCAGGAGAAGCGUCAAGUCUCCUACAAAUGACCUCUUUGGAUCAGACCUUUUUGCUCCAGUCAACCAGACACCAACUCCAUCUCCACCACAGCAACAGCCUGCACAGACCAAUCCUCUAGAUCUCUUCAGCAACAACACACCUACCCCUGCCUCUGCUCUGGGUGCUUUGGGAGCAUUAUCACUGGGCGCUUCUCCAGCAGUAACAACAGCACAAUGGGGACAGUCCCCUUCAGUGUUCCCUCCACCUAAUUCCAUGGCCCCAGGGCAAAUGAUGGGUGCCCAGCCUUUUGGUCAGCCUGGGAUCUACAGUGCACAACCUGUCCCUGGUUGGGGGCAGCAAGCAGCGUUUGGGGCAGCACCUUCACCACAGCCCCCUGGCUGGGGUCAGGUGGUGGUCACAUCCCCACCCGGAGCCUGGCCCCAGUCUACACCUUUUGCAAACCCCUUCCAACCCAACAUGUUUCCUGCUGCUAUGCCAGGGCCCAUGGCAGGGAUUACCCAGUCCGGCCCUCCACCCCAGCCCCCUCCUAGGCCUGCUGCUGUGAAAGAAGCACCAAAGGUCGAGAACAGUGCCUUCAGUGUCCUGGAUCCUCUAGGAGAGAAGGAGAAGAAGAACAACGUUAAAGAGAUGUUCAGGGACUUCCAGAUGGCCAAGCCACCAGCAGUUCCAGCCAGGAGGGGUGAGCAGCUAGCUGUCACCAGCACAAGUGGUGCCUUCUCACAGUAUUUCACCAGCAGAGUAGGCCAUAUCCAGGAUGUUGCUGAUCAUGAUGACUUUGAUAUCAAUCAGAUAUCAACUAAAAUCAAUGAGCCACCAAAGCCAGCACCUAGACUAGCUACUCCAUCUGCUUCGAACCCUGCACCAAACCUCUUUGGGGAUCCUUUCGAGUCUGAUCCUUUUGGUGCUCCUGCCCCCACAACUAGUGCUCCAACCCAGCAGCCAGCUACAACAAAUUUAUUUGGAGAUGGAUUUGAUAAUCCAUUUGCAUGAAGACCAUACUGUUUCCAACUCUACUUCAUCCUCUAUGAAAGGAAGUGAUGCUGCCAAGUUUUUUGAAGACAAAAUUGGGUUUACCUACAAAGCUGUCAUAUCAGGAUUUAUGUACAAGUAUCCUGCCCCAUUGCCACACUGUAAUAGAUAUCUCAAGACCUUAGUUUUUGAUCGAUACCAUUGUGACCCAUGCUUAUUGAAUCACAUACACAGUCAAUGUUUUACAGUUCAUAAUUUCAGAACUAAUAUUCUGUUUUUUACUGUGCUGUUUGUCGUACAUCUUUUAUGAAUGUGAAUACUAUUGUCAACUAAUAAUAAGGAAGUGGGGCCUGUACAUUGCUGUCAAUGCAAAAUGCAAUCGACUUGUGUUUCUAAUGUUUGACAGCAGGCACAAGAGUAAGCAUUAUAUUGCAGAGCAUAAAGUAAUGAACUGAGUUAAGUGUUUACAAAAAAUUAGCAAUGUAGUUUUUUUUUUUGAGUUUUGGAUAUGUACUGAGCUGUAGUCUAUCUUUUUUGUGUAUUUUAUUUGGAUGGCCAAGCUGAUAAGAGCAUAACCAAUGCAUUUUAAGUUUGCAUUCGCACCCAUUGCACACAAAGGGCAGUACAGUUACUGAGAAAUUACAAUAGAGCUUUUUUAAAAACUAAAAAAAAUCCCUGCCCCGGUGUCUCAGGAAAUGGGAUGUUGUGAGGAAACAGAUGUACAGUAAUAUCAAACAACUCAAAAUCUCAAAGACAUAACCCUAAUGUUUUAUUCUGUACAAGCAAAUUCUGAGCAUAAUAUGAGUUAUUUGCAGGUGUAGUCCUUUUGCAAAUGUGUAUGUGAUUCCUUAAGCCACAGACCAAUAAACAUAUACACUGUGGUAGUCUUUUGUAUUAGUUAACAUGCAGUAUUAGAACUCAAUAAAAUGAUUUUGUAAUUGGGUGCUUGGUAUCAGUUAAAACAGUUAUUCAAACCAAAGUAAGACCAGGGUCUAAUUAAGUAAUGUAACAUUUAUUGCACAGUUGUGAAAGCACUUUGCUCUUACUGUAAUAAAAUACAGUUAACUGGAAAAAUCAUGGAAAUAAAAUGUGUAAAUCAAAAUAAGCUUAUGUAUAAAAAAUCCCAGCUAUAUCCGUAACUGAAGUCUGCUUCGCCAGCUCUUUUAUUCAUUGUUUCAAUUUGUGUAUAAAUCCUCUGUUGUGCACUACCCUACUCUAUCACAGAUAUGUUGUAACUUUUUUUACAGUGAAUUUACUCUCUAGUCAUUACAAUAAACUGGAAAUGUAGUGUAAUUGACAGUAAAAAUUAGAGCUGUGUAACACAAUUUAUAUUCAAGAAAUGUGUAUUAUAUUCUUCUGUUAUGCCUUGUAAUAAAACAUUAACAUUGUGAAUGA